AUGACUACUUUUUUCGACAACGUAUCUGCUGAAGUACGGAAAGAGUUGCAGAGGAUCGCGAAUGCCAUUGUCGCGCCGGGUAAGGGUAUACUGGCCGCGGAUGUGAGCGUUGAAAUGAAGGACAACCAGAUGAUGGUCAACAUUGCUGUGGAUGUUAAUGCGAUGACGAGGAUUAUUACCGAAGGAAUCGCUGCUGCAAGCAAAGGCGGAUUACCUGCUAAUGCAAGCAUUUCAGGUAGGGCCACAUUAUCUCCAGAGAAAGGCCUACUUGUAGAUAAGAGCAGCUCAUCAUAG